AUGGACCGAAGACAAUUAAUCAACAAUUUGAAGCCUUCCUCGACUUCAGUGGCUACAACCGCUACUCACCCUCAUUGCACGCCUUUCACCCUUCCUUCCAACGGAGUUAUUAAUCUAGGCGCAUCCGAGUAUUUCACUCUCACAACCAAUGCCAUCUUCAGUCCCGAGUGUACAGGUACGGCCGAUAUUGUCCUCACCAAUGCAGACACUCCCACUUCGUUCGUCGAUCUUCGUGAUCCCUUCUACGCUUCCACGAUACCGGCAUGUUACGCACUCGCCGCCACGACUGUGAUUGCAUAUAUGCUAGUCAUAAUGCUUCUCAUCACCCCAAGAACAUUUCUUGUCCAAGGCGCCGUGGUUUUAGGACGGCGCGGAUUCACCAAUGGUCCUUCCGGGAGUGAUGCUGGGAUUGGCAUCGGUGGACGACCGUGGUUACAGAAGGUUGCAGCAUUAACAGUUGCAGUCUCUUUAACUAUUGCGACAGCAGACACAUUCCGUGUCGCGGAACAACAAUACGAGCUUGGACUUAUGAAUGCGACAGCCCUACAAGAGGAAGUCGAGGGUGGCAUGCAACUCAAGAUCAUUCGCAUCAUAUCGGAUACCUUCCUGUGGCUAGCGCAAGCCCAGACUCUGAUAAGAUUGUUUCCACGACAGCGGGAGAAAAUUAUAAUCAAAUGGACCGGAUUUGCUCUCAUUUCACUGGAUGUUUUAUUCAGUCUCCUCAACAAUUUUGUCUACGAUGGGAAUUCUCGACCCCGCCUUUUUACAGAUGCUGUGCCCGCCUUAGCCUACCUCUUUCAACUUGCCCUAAGUCUGCUGUACUGCGCUUGGGUCAUAUACUAUGCUAUUUCUAAGAAGCGCUACGCGUUUUAUCAUCCGCAAAUGCGGAACAUAUGUUUAGUGGCAUUGUUAUCAUUGGUAUCAGUGCUAGUACCUGUCGUCUUCUUCGUUCUCGAUAUAUCAAAGCCAACGCUUGCUGCAUGGGGUGAUUACGUUCGAUGGGUUGGAGCUGCAGCAGCCAGUGUAGUGGUAUGGGAGUGGGUGGAGCGAAUUGAAGCUCUGGAAAGGGACGAGAAAAAGGAUGGAGUGCUCGGAAGGGAAGUUUUUGAUGGGGAUGAAAUGCUCGAAGUUACUCCAACAUCGGAUUGGACAAAGCGUUUCCGUAAAGAUAACGAUGACAAGGGAGGGACUGCUACGGGUUCUACUUGGCCAGCAAUGCCUGGGCUGGCUAGUCGAUAUAGAUCCCAUGCCACGAACGAUCUCGAGACUGGGUCUGGUCCUGGUCAACGCACAGGCAGACAUAUAUUGACUGUCCGUCCUCCACUUUGGCCUACGAGACCCCAGCCUGCUGCUACACCUAUUAAUAGGGCGGACACAGCCAGUGCCGAGAGCACUGCAUAUACAGUGAGAUACCAUCCCAUAAGUGAAGCAACUCCACCAAUCAUCGGUAGGGAUACAGCACUCUCGAGAAGUAAUAGUGAAGCUAUAUCCAUUAGCAGGUCCAUUAGUAACGAAGAGGUUGACUCGGAUAAGCCAGUCAUACUGGAGCAGAGGAAUCAAGCACCUGUAGUCGCCGCGGCGGCUCACAGUUGGCAGUGGACUUCCCUUAAUCCAUUUAGACAUCGAGUCCAAGGGCCUCCAGCAGAAGUUUCGUUGCAUACUGCGAAGCCUCCAACACCUUUUAGUGGUCAUGAAUCUUCGAAUAGGUGGGAUGUGCGUGCUCGAAUUGAAGGUUUCGCGGCAAACCAAGCAGAAAGGUUCCGCGAGAAAACGCGGCCUACAGUCGAUACAGACCCACUUCCUCUGACGGUGAUUCCAGCACCAAGUCGAAGACGUGCUGCCGCGAUGGAAUCGGAGGAAUCGGAUACAGAUUCAAUCAAUCCAACGCCUGAUGAAUCUUCUCACAUGGAGAUUACUACCUCGAGGCGAGAUAGACCUGCCAGAACAACCGAUCCUUACACCCCAGAUAGCCUUAACCAACAUUCAAUUACGCAUCGUGGGAGCAUAUCAUUUGCAACCGCAGUGCAACCGGAACUAGAUCAACGAGUUGAAAAUGUCACUGCUUCGCCGACUCUUGUAGGGAGCCGUCAAACCCCUACAUUUUCGAGUUCACGAAGUAGUCCUAUUCAAGCUCGAAGUCCUGUCACACCGUCUCUUCCUCCAAUUAUAGAUGGCUUACCAGUAACAACGAUACCGGCACCGCCGCGGCGGCCAAGGGUAGAGAAUCCUUGA